AUGUUUGGGGGAAGUAAACUGGCCCUGUGGGUGAUGACAGGUCUGCUGGCCGUCACGACCGUCUUCUUUAACGUCUACAUCUUCCUGAUGAGUCUGAGGAACUACAGGCAGAAGAAGCAGUGGAGUCCCAGUGAAACCAUCAUCACGGCUCUGUCGGUGGCCGACGUGGCUCACCAGCUGCUCUGUUACUUCUGGAUGAGCAUGGAUGAGGUGGACAGCGAGUGCCACAUCGCCCAGACGCCCUACACCAUCAUGCUGCUGCUGAUCUACAGCCUCAAGUUCACCAUCAUGUGGGACACCAGCUUUCUCACGUUCUACUACAGCACCAAGCUGGUGAACACCCCCAACCACUGCUACACCCAGAUCCAGGCCACCAUCCUCAAGCACGUCACCUUGGCCGUCCUCCUCAUCCCUCUGUGCGGCCUCGGCACCUGUAUGCCGAUGCUGGUGGUGUUUCAACCGGAGAACCACACCGCGGCCAACCAGGACUGUGGGGUUUUAGUGCCCGACACCGACUCGGGCCGGGCCUACGAAGCCACGUAUCUGCUCCUGGCCGAUGUGCUGCCGGGCGUGCUCAUGGUGAAGUGCUGCAUCUCCAUCUCCAUCCACCUGGCCAUCCAUCUCCGUCACAUGAAAGCCAGCACCAACGGAGCCCACGGCCCAAAGCUGGGCUCUCAGAUGAGGGUGAUCCAGAUGGCUUUAUCUCUCGUGGCCGUCUUCAUCGUCUUCCUCGUGGUCGACCUUUACGUCCAAUACCAGAUAGCGGUGAACCACGAGAACGUCAUCACCCUCACGUUCUUCUUCACGUCCGUCUACACGACGGUCACCGCCACGGUGCUGAUCUAUGGGAAAAAGACUUUUUGGAAAGCUCUGAUCCACGAGUUUAACGUGUGCCUGGAUGAAUAUCCGUGUUUGUCUUGUCUGAAGGUGCCUGAACAAAAGGCUGAACCCAGCAUUCCUGCAAAAGUUAAAAGCUGA